AUGGCCGCUUACAUUAUCGCUACCAUCGAAGUUACCGACCCGGAGCUCUUUGAGACUUAUCGGGCGCAGGUUUCGCCAACCAUCGACAAGCACGGCGGCAAGUAUCUGGUGCGAGGUGGAGAUGUCGAAGUGCUGGAAGGUGACCAGCCAGCCAGACGCACCGUUGUGUUGGAAUUUGAGAGCCUGGAAAAAGCCCGCGGUUGGUACUAUUCCGAAGACUAUGCCGGCCCGAAAGAAUUGAGGAUCAAGGCCACCGAGUCCAACGUGAUGAUAGUAAACGGAGUGUGA